AUGGCCACUGCUACUAAAAUUUGGCUGACCCCAGAUAAUGCCGGAGUAUUCGGUACUUCUGGCCUCAGUCAGGCAUCUGCCCGGAAGGUCAGCGAAGUCCUGCAACAUGAUAUGGAAAACCACCAUGUCUACGUGAACGAUAUCGAGUUUCAUAAUCACAUCGUGCAUUUCAUGCUCACCAUCUUCGCACUCGGUGCAUCCCCCGAGACCAUCCAGGAUCAAUACGAGCGGGAGGAUAGACGCCAGAGACCUUGCAUGCCCAGAGAUGAAAAGGUCAUUGCGUCCUUCACAGACAAAACAGAGUUCAUGAAGCAUAUGUACCAGGAAGAACACUAUGCGAACUACCUCGCCUUCUUUCAGCGUGAGAUCGACGCCAAGGGCAUUUCGGACGUACUCAACCAAUAUCUCUUUGCUGGCGAUGAACUUGCAGAAUCCCUUCUGUCGAGAAUGUUCGCUGGCCUUGUUCAUCCAAUUAUCCAUCUAGGCUUUGGAGUUGAGUUCCAGCAGCCGGCUAUCAUCGCCCAAGCGUUGGCUCAGGCCUCUGUCCAUGCAGACUAUCUAGGUCGUCAUUUCUUCACUCCUGCUGAGAAAGCUGCGGGUGGAAUAGGACGGUAUUCAAACAAUACCCUCGUUCAAAUUAUGGAUCGGAUGCGGGCAGAUCGAAAGGUUGCUGCGUCUGUGCAUUAUGAGGAUAGUGACAAAUUCCAGGAGGGGCUUCUAAAGCGGGCUCGGGAUGAGGUUAUCCAACACUGCAGUCAGUGGACGGUAUCAGAAGAUCAGCUUGAGGAUAAAAUGGCCGAGAUGAUCAACACAGCCAUCUACUGGACCGCAACAGCCCAGAACCCCAAAAAACAAAUAAAACUCGACUUCUUCUACAUCCACGCCGUGAAUCUCUCCCUCCUCUUGAAAGCCUUCAUGGACACUUCCUAUCUAUGCACACAAAAUAAAGUCCGCCUCCUCGAAAUGAAAGGCCGAAUGGAUCUCCUCAUCUGGGCUUCUCGCAAUAUGCCUCAGCCACAGAUAGAUGACGUGAACAGUCACCCAAUUCACAUGGGCUGGCCUGAGGUCUUUACCAAGGCAUAUACACACCGCACUGAUGAUGGCCAUCUCGCCAAGUUCGUCCGCGCAGUGGCGCUUGCUGAGGAACUGUGUCAGCCUUAUGAGGGUGAAUCGGAAAAGAGGAGUUUACUCGUGACGGGCGAUAUGUGGCUCAAGAUUGGCAAUAUUGCUAUCGAUGCGGCAGGGAAAAUCCCCAGCGAUAUGUGGGUACGGGGAGCCGGUUUUGAGGAAGCGUGGGCCAAAUUUGGCGAUAGGAAAUAA